GUUAUCAUCUACUGUACCGUAUAUCUUGUCUGACUGUAAAAAAGUCGCAAAAUGAAAACCAUCUCUACAACGUUUGAGAGCCACAAGGAAACCUAAUCAAAAUAAAUUACAUGUUUGCAAACAUUGUGGGAAGUCUUUUAAGGCAAAAAAGGAUUUACAAAUACAUACAAGAGUGCAUACCAGAGAAAAAACCUAUGCUUGCGAUUUGUGAGGAAAAUGUUUUAUGCCGUCAACUAACUUGAGUGUUCAUAUGCGAAUCCACACAGGAAUGAAACCAUAUACAUGCAAAUUUUGCCGGAAAUGUUUCACAUCAAAUGGCGAUUUGAAAAGACACAUUUUAACUCACACCGGAAAAAAAUCAUUCACUUGUAAACAUUGUGGAAAAUGUUUCAGACAGGGUGGACAUUUGAAAAGACAUAUUUUAUCUCACACCGGAGAAAAACCAUCCACUUGUAAACACUGUGGAAAAUGUUUUGCAGAAAGUGGAACUUUGAAAAGUCAUAUUUUAUCCCACAGCGGAGAAAAACCAUUCAUUUGUGAACAUUGCGGAAAGUGUUUCAGCCAGAGUGGAACUUUGAAAAGACAUAUUUUAAUUCACACCGGGCAAAAACCAUUCACUUGUAAAUAUUGCGGAAAAUGUUUUACCGAAAGUGGACAUUUGAAUAGACAUAUUCUAACUCACACCGGCGAAAAACCAUUCACUUGUGAACAUUGCAGAAAAUGUUUCACAGAUAGUGGAAAUUUGAAAAGACAUAUUUUAUCUCACACCGGAGAAAAACCAUUCACUUGUAAACAUUGUGGAAAAUGUUUUGCAGAUAGUGGAACUUUGAAAGGUCAUAUUUUAUCCCACAGCGGAGAAAAACCAUUCAUUUGUGAACAUUGUGGAAAGUGUUUCAGCCAGAGUAGAACUUUGAAAAGACAUAUUUUAAUUCACACCGGCGAAAAACCAUUCACUUGUAAACAUUGCAGAAAAUGUUUCACAGAUAGUGGAAAUUUGAAAAGUCAUAUUUUAACUCACAUCAGGGAAAAACCAUUCACCUGUGAAUAUUGCAGAAAAUGUUUCAGCCAGAGUGGAAAUUUGAAAAGACAUAUUUUAUCUCACACCGGAGAAAAACCAUUCACCUGUAAACACUGUGGGAAAUGUUUUGCAGACAGUGGAAGUUUGAAAACACAUAUCCGAAUCCACACCGGCGAAAAACCUUAUGCUUGCGAACAUUGCGAAAAAUGUUUUACUCAAAGUGGGAAUUUGAAAAGACAUACUUCAAUUCACACAGGAGAAAAACCUUAUGCUUGUGAACAUUGCGGGAAAUGUUUUAUAACGUGGAGUAAUAUGAAUAAACAUACACUAAUUCAUACUAAAUCAUUAAACACGAAAUAAUUUGCUAGCAAGGUUUAGUCACAAAACGAAAUUUAAAUGGACACCUGAUAAAGGGAAAUAACCAUGCUGGGAAAACAUGAUAGAAUAAAUAUAAAUUAUUGCGACUCAAAGUGAACCCAACUAAUGUAUCAAAACAAACCCUCAAAUUUGAUAGCUUUCACAUGCCAUCACCUUUUAUUCAUUAAUCCAUAAAUUUGCCGUUUUUUGUGAAAAAAUUUCCAAGCGUUCCUUCUUCAUGCAUCAGUAUUUUUUUGUUGAAGACGUAUUUUUGUGCUUGUUGACUCAUGAUGAUGAUUUCAAAAUUGGAUUUGUAAAUAUACAAAGCUCCUGUGUCACCUA